CUCUCUGACUCAGGUGUCAGCUUUAUUUGCCCUGGUAGAAACACUUGUGCCAACAAUGUUCACAGCCCAGCAAGAUGGCUUACUUAACUCUUCUACCAAAAGUGCAGCGGGGCAAUGUAUAUCAAGUUGUAGUAAUCAUCACAGCUUCAUUGGUUGCUCUGAGCAGUGGAAUUUUUAUAACAUGGCCAUCACCUUCAAUUCCAAUCCUCUUAUCAAAAGAGUAUUCAGUGACGAUAAGUAUGGAGGAAGCAAAUGUAUUGAUCAUACUUCCUUCGAUAGCCAUCGUGCUGUCAAGUCCGGUGGCGGGUAAGCUAAUCGAUUCCAUAGGACGCAAAAAAACAUUGAUGCUCAUUGCUGCUAUGCAAUUCAUCACCUGGCUAUUGAUAGCAUUUGGUAACUCAAAAGCAACAUUUUUUCUUGCGCGAAUAUUGAAUGGUAUCGAAGAUUCUUGCGCGUUUGCCGCGCUGCCUAGUUACAUCAGCGAGGUGGCGACACCGAAGAUCCGUGGCACGUGGGGCAACACGAUCGCAUUCCUCGUCUACUUUGGUAACUUCAUAAUGAACGUCGUCGGCACGUACUGCUCCAUUCCAGUGACGUCGAUGAUAUUCGCCGUCAUCCCACUGGUGUUUCUCGUUGUGUUCGCGUUUUUCCCGGAGUCGCCGUACUAUUUGCUGAUCACGGGCCGAGAUAACGAGGCGCGCACCGCUUUGUCACUGCUACGCAGCGGCGACAUCGACGGCGAGCUGAUGCAAUUAAAGGCCGAUAUUGAUAGACAAUUAUCGGAAUCCGGCGGCUACAAAGACCUUUUCACCAUCCCGAGCAAUCGACGCGCGGUGCUCGUAGGCGCCUUUGUGCGCGGCGCUCAACAAUUCAGCGGCAUCACCGUCUUCCUUAUGUACGCACAGCUAAUCUUCCAGGAGUCCGCCGGCGAGGUGAGCGCGAGCAUGUGCGCAAUUAUAUUCUCCGCGUUCAUGGUGUUUACGAACCUGAUUUCAUCCUGUCUCAUCGACAUCAUCGGACGACGCCUGUCGAUGUUCAUCUCGUCGCUGGGCUGUGCAGUUUUCCUCGCCAUCCAGGCGGUCUAUUAUUACUUGAAGUCGUACAGCGACAUCGACGUGGAGAAUCUGCGUCUGGUGCCGCUGAUAUGCAUGGUCGUCUUCAUUAUUUUCUACUCGCUGGGCUUGGGCGUCGUGCCCACUUUGAUGUUGGGCGAAUUAUUUUCGUCGCGGAUAAAAGGCAAGGCGCUCUGCUUAAUGAAUCUCUCCUUUGGCGUGUACAUCGCCUCCAGUUCGGGAUUGUUCUCGCUUUUCAUGGUUAACUACGGUUUAUCGGCGGCCUUUGGGUUUUUUGCGCUCUGCUGCUUCACCACCUCUUUGUUAUCGUAUAUGCUCGUACCCGAAACGAGGGGCAAAACUCUAGAGGAGAUCCAACAGUUGUUCAGAACACAAACCAAAAUAUAAUGUACAAUUGUAGAUAUUUUUCUUUUAAUUUAUUCAAUCAUCUUUAAUAUGACAUGUUAGUGAAUACAGGCAAAGUCCAAUAAAAAACCACUAUUAUCUAUUAAUAAAGAAUUAAGUGAGAGAUAAAAA